UUGGUAGCCAGUUUUGCAUAAGCGGUCAAUGGGUAUAUGAGUAUAGUUCGGAGCGUUGAAUUGACAGUAAAUUGAGAGUAAAUAUCUAUAGUUCUUCAAGAUAUUCUAGUCUAACAGUUUAAAUAUUUAAAUAUCCAGUGUAAAAAUGUCGGAUGCGAGUGGUUCUUGUAAGAUAUGGACCAGAUUUGAGUCAAAAAAAGCGGAUGGCAGUAUUAUUAAACUACGUCUCGAAGACCGGCCUGUGGAACCCGAAAAUGAUGUUUACGAAUUUCUGAUGGAGCAUUUUGUUCCAGAGGAGGCUGUUCAUAAAGCUUCAGGCGUAUCAAAAAAUGAAGAAGCACUAAAAGAGUAUAGAGAGUUAAUGACCUUUGUCUUCAAAGCAGUACCAAUUCAUGCCAUAGUAUGCUGCGUUGACGACGACUCUAAUACUGUCGGAAAAAUUCUGGGGCUCUCAGUUGUCCAGCUAAUGAGGAACACUGAUAAAUUUGAGGAUUUGAUAAAGGGCAUGGAGAUAAAGUCAGAAAGAAUGCAAAGACUACUGUACGCUGCAAAAGUGUUAGACGGUUAUGGUGAAGAUAUGAAAAAGUAUGACAUUUUUUACUAUGGCAGAGGUGUUAUUGUACACCCAGACUACAGACGAUUGGGUAUAGCUGUUCAGCUUGUAAGAGUGAGAGAGUUAUUGUGCACUGAUACUGGCAUCCCUAUGACGUGUGCCUGGAUGUCAGCAAUCGGUAGCCAAAAAGCAGCAGAACAAAACAACUGGAAGACCAUGUCAGAAGUUCCCCGAGAGGAACUGGAAGAGAAGACUGGCUUCACGUUCGAUAAGAAUCUACCAACUUUUAAAUUCAUGUAUAAAACAGUAGAUUAAUAUUAAAUCAUAUUUAAAUAGGUAGGUAUACUUUUUAAAUAUUAUAUUUUGUUGAUAACA